UGAAGGGCACCUCCACCACGAAAGUAAACAUGCAUUUCUCCUACAAAUAGUCCCAUUUUCCACACGCCAAUCUGUGCAGGGACUUAAAACCAGCAAUUCUCUUGUUCAUACUAAUAUUAGUUCACUGAAGACUGAGCCACAGACUUGAUGUGAUUGCUCUUUUAAUUUUGACUGUAGAGUGGCUGGUAAAAGAGCAAACUCAUCCUGAUUCUUAAAAAACAAAGCUAAACUGCUUUGUGAAUAACUAAAAAUAUCGCUGUGGGAAAAUAUCUCACUAUUCAACACUGUUUACACAGCUGGACUUGAAUGAAUCAACACGGGCUGCUUUUACUGCUGCCAGUGAUGAGUGACUGUAUUUGCAGUGGUCUAUGACUACCACUAGAGGGGAGCAAUAUGACACCUGUGACACUGGAGCUCAAACUUAAAAAGCCCUAAAUUUUACCUUGAAGGAUAAUCUACUGCAUUGUUUCAGACUGUGGUUUUAUUUUCCACAAAGUAUAAGUGAUAUUGAGAAUGUAGUCUCACAAAACGUAAAGGUAGAAGUUUCAUGGUUUGAGGUUAGAGAUAAGAAGUUAUUCUUGCUGAUUUAGGAAGGUAUAAACCUGUAAGACAUAAUCCAGGGCUAAAAGCGUAGCGCUUCACAAUGUCUGGCUGUAUGCCUGAAAGGUGCUUUCAGGUGCCACCACACAAACUAGAUACGUAACAGGUAGAGCUGCAUACCUGUUUUUCUAUGAGUGAAUAGUUUCUAUUUUUCACCUGUCAUAGGCCGUUGAAUGACUGUGUUACUUUUGUCCUCUCAUGUUGCAUUUAAGUACCAUUAACACCCAAGAACCAUGUUGUCAAAAAACAUUCCUAUUAUGUUGAUGGGAGGGGUUUUGUUGGUUUCAUUUGGCAGAUCUACUGGUUGUAGCAAACAUUCUUGCAAAUUGGCAGCCAACAACAGGAAGUGGCACUUGCCCAAACCAUUGAACCAACUAUUUAAUCUACUGAACUCUACAGUGAAAUACUGUUCCACAUCCAUAAGUUAUGAGGGCCUUAGCAAUGGUAGUUUUCACAUCCUGGAAGUAACCAUAAAGCUAGGGAUGAGUCAAAGAUAAGUAAUGGUUAUAAAAAAAAUAAUAAUAAUACAACAACAACAACAACUACUACUACUACUACUACUAAUAAUAAUAAUAAUAUCAAUAAUAAUAACAACAAUUGUAGUAAUAAUAAUAAUUAAAAAAACAAACAAAUAAAUAAAUGAUAAUAUUAUUAAUAAUAAUAACAACAACAACAACAACAACAACAAUAAUAAUAAAAAUAAUAGUAAUAAUAAUAAAGAUAAUAGUAAUAAUACUACUAAUAAUGAUACUACUACUACUACUGCUACUACUAAUAAUAAUAAUAAUUUAAAUAAUAAUAAUAUUAAUAUUAACAACAACAACAACAACAACAACAACAACAACAAUAAUAAUAAUAAUAAUAAUAAUAAUAAUAAGAAGAAGAAGAAGAAGAAGAAGAAGAAGAAGAAGAAGAAGAAGAAGAACAACAACAACAAGAAGGCAUUUUAUUUAUAGGCGCCUCUCAUAGCACUUAAGGUCGCCUGUGUUAUGCCAAGUAAAAUCCAUAAAAGGGAAGACAAAAACCGGAAGCUAACAGAGACUUUUACCUUUGUCAGUGUGCAUUUUAUUGUUUUUUUUUUUUUUUUACUAAAUACACAACCUGAAAACUUCUUCCGUCAUUGAUGCAGCAGCGUAGUGCCUUGUUUCUACAGUUUCCCACAGACCAUGAACGCAGCCUCACUCAGCAUCAUGAGAGUCAUGUGAUGUCCUGUCAUGUGGUGCAGUCACUUCCUACUGAUUUGGUCCAGAGCGGAGGGACUCUGCUGUAUCAUGUCGUCUUAGUUAGCUUUCACAGACAGUAUUUACAUCUAUAAACAUGUCAUUUGAGUAUAAACCUGAUCGUGGAUCGCCUCUGAAGCUGGUUCUUUGGUUGGUGGCAUGUUUGGGAUGUUUGUUGCUUCGGUUCGGAGCGGCGGAUGACAGCAGUAGCAGCAGCAGCAGCAGCCUGUGGUAUCAGGACCUCUGCAGGUAGCAAACACACCUCCAGCGGGGGAAACGCAUUUCACCAAAGAUCUGUUUAAAAACAUUCAUGAUCGGAGUAUUUUAUCCUUUCAUACAGAGGGACAGUAAAACCAAAUUCAAUUCAGAGAUUUGUUAGGUUGUAAUUUAAUUAGCUUGUUGUCAGUCAGCCGGUAUAACACGAGCUAUGACAAUAAAAGAAGGUCCGGUUAAAUUUAGCUCAUAAUCGAUGAGUCAAUCAGCUCGUUAUUUCGGCCAAAACAUUACUACUAAUAAUUCAGCCUAUUCUGCUGACUCAAACAAGGUGAAGUUGACCUUACAUGACAUUAAAAUAGUUUGAAGGAAUAACACCUUUAAACCAGCUAGCUUGAUUACACUGAACAGAAAGAGUUGGCCAAGUGUUUGAGAUGGUCUCGUGCCCAAAAUUGUGUUCAAAUGGUCUCGCGCCAGCCGAGUAAACGGCUGAUUUUAAAUUAACGGUCGUUUAUUUCGCUAACAGCUAGCGUUCCGUUGAGAUUAUCAGUUAAGGCUGUUGCGACCUCAACAUAAAACCACAUAUCUGCGGACUGCUAACUCAAACCUUCAUAAAUGAAACUGAAAAUAUCCCAAAUAACCUCAGAAUAACAAACUGUACGACCUGUUGUACAUCUACAGUUUAUUUCUCCUCCACUGGAGCUGUUGUCUAACUAAGCAGCUGCUAUGCAAAUAUUGACUUAGCAAUAAGGCAGUAAUGAUAACCCCAUAACUCAACCUGGAAGGUCAGGUUUGCUGCAUAUCAUUUCCCUGUAUUGGUAGGAACUGCUUUGUUAACUCUCGCUGGAAAAAUUACUGUCCCCAAUAGAUUUUCCCUGAGUAGUUCCAGAAAUAGUUAAUACUCUCAUUUGGAGAUAACAUAACCUUCAGUUAAAUUAAUACAAAAGAAGAAGGUAUUUACUUGAAGGUUAGAUGAGUAAAACAGAAAAAAAAUACAGUUAAAAAAUAUAAAAAACAGACUUCUUUUGUUGCAGCCUCUUACCGUUUUCUCCUUUACCACAUGGAGCUGCUCUCCUGUUGUUCAUAAACAAUCAGAGCAUGACCAAGACGGUAUUUCCAAAACUAGGGCACUUCAGAGGUUUAAAUUUUUACUCAUUACCCACAUGGUGGCAGAUAUUGUGGAACAAAUUUUGCAGGGAUGCAGAAAGACCUAUCCCAUGUAAACUGUGCAACAUUUAAACCAAAUAAGGGUACUCAAAAAGGGAAAAGAGCAUCUAUUACAUUAUCAUACAUCAUGUCAUCCAAUUUUAUGUAUUAGCCUGAUGAUUAUGUCAGUUCUCCUCAGGUGGAGGGAAGCUAUCACUCAUUGAAAGUUCUUUGACUUUAUCUUACAGUCAUUUUUUAUGUGUGAAUUGUCUAGCUAUAUUACACAGGUUGUUUACUAUCUCCUUGAGUCCUUUUGCUCUUCUUUAUUUUCUACAAGUCUUAAAAGAAGGAUGCUGUCUGUAAAAUUUUGUAUGUUUACUGAUUAUCUUUGUCUUGCAUUUGUGCACCACCCUCCACGCAAAUGUUCAGACAUAAAACAUAAUAAAAAAACAAUAAUGGCCUCCACUCUGGCCAUUACCUCUGCUCUGUAAAUCAGAAAAUCAACAAGGACAUAUUGAUCCAAUGCUGCAGGGUUGAGACCCAGUACAAGUCUAUUUCUGUCUCAGCAUGUGCAUUGCCAAAAUGAUUGUCCAUCUCUCACAUCACCUUCUUUACUAAAACAUCCUUGUUUCUUUGUGUUGCAGUUAUAAAUGGGAGGCUAUAGAUCAGGAUAACAAAGUGAGCUAUACAUUUAAGCUCUGCGAGUCUUCACUAUCAACCAACUGUGGCUCCGACACUGCUGUCUGUGCUCGGGACCUCACCACUAACACAGACCGGUCUGUAGGUGAGUACAAUCACUGGGAGUACCCUGUGACACAGUAAAGAUUUUUACAGUUACUUAAAACAUCUCUUAUCAGCAACAGUCUGUUGGCGAGAUAGCGACUUAACACAGUUAAGACAGUCUGCUGCACUUUGAACAUCAUGUCUGUCCCCUGUUAUAGACCUUUAUAUGGGAAAAGUUGCUGCUUUGAAUACAGUUUUGCAAGAAAAAUCACCCUGUCACCUUUGUCCCAACCAAUGUACAAGCUCGCUGCAAAAGAUUAAAGAAAUAGUAACCCUUUUGACUUGUAUCUGGCAGAACUGUUGCGCAGAAGAACUUAUUUUGCUUCACAAGAAAGCAGCCCAGACUCUAAAAGUUUAUGCUAACCUAAAGAUUUAAAAUCAGGUUUUAUGGCAAACUAUGUUGUCAAGUUUCACAUUUAUUUUUGACCUUUAAUAUUCAUGCAUAACACUUAAUGAAGUGAGUUUAUGUAACACGUAUGUAAGCAAAUACUGCAGGUCCAGAAUAAUGGAUUGGAUGAAGACAAUAAAAAUAUAGUGGUGAUUUGAAAACGGUUCUGAAAGAAUAACCGUAAUAGGCAGGAUCUUUGUACAGAGAGUUCCUUGUAUAAACUAUAGACGGAAGUUGACAAGCAAAUAUUUCCCCAACAGUCUGAUAUAGACACUGACCAAUUGAUUUGCACCAUAGAAGUUCUGAGUACUUAGUUCAUGUUUUUGAAUAGCAAAUAGGAGCUUUUUUCUUUGUCUCUGGUGCAUCCCCAUAAAACUAAGGAUUCAAACACAGCAGUAAUAUUCACAACCUUUAAUAGCUCUGCAUAAAAAAAUCUACGGCUUAAAGGCUAAUUGAUUUCAGCAGAUGUGGUUACACAGUUUUGGUUAGUUUGGCCACGCUAAAUUUUCUUCUGUGUGAAGCAUGAAAUUAACUCAAAACUAUCAUAACAGCAGCUAUCAGUUGCACUUUUAUGUUUUACGAACCGCUUUACACAAAACAUGUGCUUUCUGUGAAAUGGUGAAACUGUGUGUUUUAGGCCUACCCCCUCCAUCAACUUCUACCAUAUUGGCCUGAUGUCACUAUGAAGUCUAGAGGCUUAUUUUGUGGAGUUUAUCAGCCCAGAUGGGUGGUACAUAUACCCCGGUACUUAACAAGAAUUCUCAGGAAGUCUUAUUCUGGUUUGAAAUGUAGAAAUACCCAAUUUAUCAUCCGGAAGUGAUAUCUCAUACAAAGUGGCUGUCUUUUUUCUCAUUAACCAAAGGGCCUUUAAUAAAACACACAAAGACACAAUCUCUUCAUCAUGUAUUUUCAGCUGCAUAGUCUCCUGUUUGUGUAGAUAUUAAAACUCCCCACAAGUGACUUUGUUAUGAUAGGUGAAUCCCUGCUUUUGGUUGGUACUUUUAAAGUAACGAGGUGCAUCAAACAUCCAGAAACUCAACCAAAGCCCUCCUGCUGACAUGAGGCCUCAGAGGGUUUCUCUAAAUGCUGAGUGAAAUGAUGCUGCAGAGAGCUCUAUUUGUGCAUUAGCAGAUCUGAUCUCUGUGCUGAUGGGGCUAAAUGUGCUGCUGCCACUGCUGCUGUGUGUCAGCAACAUCCACAUCUUUGUCCUGGAUCAGUGAGCAAGAGGUCCAAAAGGAGCUGCUCUUUUCGCAACUCUCACUCUCUCGAGAGGUUAUAAAGCCUCUUUCACACACGAACAAAACUCCUGAAAAUAACCCAUUGGGUGUUAUGUCUAAACAUAUUAUUGGCCCUGACACUAUCGAGACAUCUUACCACAGGCCCUCUGGUAAAAUCCCUGCAGAAAGUCAAGAUAUGCUGUUGUUUGAAUACAGCAGAUGUAAGUCAUUUACAUUCUCAGGGUUCAAAGUGAGCGGGUGGAGUGAGUAGAGUGGCUCUGCUUCUAAUUUACUCCUCAUCUUGGUAAUCCGUCUGUUGUGUUUGUAUUGUGGAAAUAUCUUCAUACAUGUUGUCGAGAUAUUGACCCCAAAACAGAACCGUUACUAUAGACAACGACUCCUCCUGUGUGUGCUCCCCAGCUAACUACAUACCUGAAAGUAUUCUCAGUUAUAAGACAACGUUGUGAGUCAUGAAUGUGAAUCUAAAGUCGCAAAUUAAGGUCUGAGAGUAUCCUGAAAUUACCCCCCAAAAUGUGAAGUCCUCGCAUAAAGGGGCCAGGGUUUUACCUGCAUGUCAAUCCACAGGGCUGGUGCCUCUGCCUCAUUUCUUUCCACCACUGGCCCUCAUUGGACUCUGUUUUUAUGGAGACUUACGCUUUCCCAGACAGUCUUUGGUGAAUUUGGCAAUUUCUAUCUCCAAUUAUGGCAUUACAAUGAUGUAGUGGUGGUUGCGCCAAUUUGUAAACAGUCCAGAGCUCCACUGAUAUUGCCAAGGAGGAAAUGCAAAAAUGUCUCCACAGAGAGUGUUUGUGUUUUUGCACUCUGGGCAAAGGUGUACCCACCAAACAUUUUACCAAAAAAAAUGAAAUUUAAUGGGAAUAAAUAUUCAUUCUAGAUAAAAACCAAUGUUAAAAAAUGCCCCUUUGCUUCCGCAGUUAUUCAGACUCCAUAAAUUCACAACUUGAAAACAAUGUUUGGCUGAGCCAGUAACGAGGUUAUAAUUGCACAUGCUUGCACAGAAAAAUUAGAGUACCACCUCUGCUUAACUUGGAGCCAGGGAAAACCCCUAAGGCCAAUAUUUUCUGAGUGGUUGGGGUACUAAACUUAGGAGGGGAGUCAUAUAGAGCUAAACCUCAUGGCCUUCAUGGCCUUUUCCCCUGUGGUACAAAAAAUGUCUUCACAUUUUCUGAAUCUUUUUACGUUAUUAUGUGCUGUAGACGAUAUUUUAUGUUGAGUAACAUUAUUCACAUUGUCUCUCACAGAGUGGUGAACCUUUUCCCAUCCUUACGUCAGAAAGAUUCAGCCUCUCUUUGAUGUCUCUUUCGUACCCAGUCACGCUUACUAACCUGUUGCAGAUUAACCCCAAUAACUUGGAGAUGUUCUGUCAGCAUAACAGAACUACUUUGGAGCUGGGGUUGUAUUUUGCAGAGUUUGUUGUCUGGACUGAACCUAUUCUUGUGAACAAACACUUGUUUGCUAUUGUUCCUGUAUCGAUCAGGUUCACUCUAAUUUAGUUCUGACUCAUAUUUUUCCACCCCAGAUCACACAUUGACUUCCCCUCAGAGGAGCACCCCACAGUUUCAGAAACCAUAAAUUAAGGGUUUCUUUGGCCUUGAAGCAGCAGACGUGUUUGGGGUACAUCAGAGAAUUGUCACUUUUAGAGAAUACCUCACAGAUUAACUCAUUUUGAAAAUAACUGACAGUCCAGGCCUAUACGAACUAAGAGUACAGAGGCUUUUUACUUUGAGAUAUCCUCAUCUCUCAAUUUCACUUACAUCAUUGUCUUUGAUUUUGACCUUUGAAAGACGACAGGCUGCCAGACAGAGUUAUUUCAGGGCCAAACAACAACAGCCAGCCCUGCAGCCACAGGUCCUGACCUUCCUCUUCUGACAACUUGGUAUUUAGUCGCAGCAGAGUGUCACCGUGCUCAGGUUUCUGAGGACUGAAAACUGCAGACUCAUGUUGUUGUCAUACAGGAAAUUUCUCCAGCUUGUUUUGUGAAGAAGUUCUUGUUAUAGUUGAGUGAUUUUCUACAACACAGUUAAGGUGUACAGGAACUGUUUGGAAAACAAGCAGCAGUGUGGUCAGAUGAGUUGGAGUUUAAUCAUUGUAGCUGACUUAUCACAUGACUGCAGGACACAUCAUCAGGCAGAAAUGCUCAUAAAUAAACCCCACAGUCAUGCUCUGCUCUCUCUUUUUUCUCUCUCUCUCUGCCUCCGUCAGGCUUUGUCAACGCACUCUGGUUGGCUGUACUCAGAAUAAACACAUGAUCCAUCAACCAUAUCACUUUUGCUUCCUUAAAUCAACAUCUUUGGUGUCACAAGUUUUCAUUUUAAUGUAGAAGUGAGAAAAGAUGCUCCUCAGUCACAUGACUGAGUAUGAAAAGGUUGUAUGAGAGAGGCUGUGGUUAAAACAGGAAGAGCUUCACAACUCUGUGAGAGACUGUGCGAGUAAAAAGUUUGACAACUUCAGAAAAUGGUCCGCAAGAAGUUAGGUAUUAUAAUAAUAUUGUUCAUAAUAACAGUGAAAGGUGCAGAGAAUCUGGGAAAAUCUGUGGAGAAAAGGCACAAGGCCGAGAACCAACAGUGGAUAGGUGUGAUCAUGUGGUACUGCGUUUAUAACAGACUGCUCUGUAGUUGAAGUCACUGCAUGGGUUUUCAAAACCCACCAUCAAUGGACACAGUUUGUUGAUGCAUCUAUAAAUGGAGAUUAAAACUGUAAACAUGCAAAGAGUAAACUAUAUCUAAACAUGAUCAAACAUGCCGAUGAACACAAUUUGACAUUCCUUUUGGAAAUCAUGGACACUGCGUCCUCCCUUCUAAAGAGUCAUAUUUAACAUUUAGGCAACAGUACUUCUUAGUGUAUUUUUUUAGAAACACAGAAUUUUAGACAAACUUUCAGAGUGACUAUCAACACAUUCCCAAAAACAGAAUGUAACUGUGUGUUAAAGGACAUACAGUUGAAAAAAGUGCAGCAGGCUGGAACAUCAGUUCAGUCUGAACAGCCUGAUGAUUCAGACGGGCCGUCCUGCAGUAGCCGUGUUAAACAGUGUUAGUGGGUCACAGUGUUACAUUCUUACAUUCCUUUAUGGUCCCUUUUGUGAUAACAGGCCAGUUCUAAUCAGAGGGGGCAGGGACAGAGAAACACGCCACACCAAGCUCACACAAGUUUACCGAGGAAUACUGAGGAAUUAAAAGUCUGUGAUUUUUUAACUUCACAUGUAUACAGACACUAGAGGAGCAGAAUGAGGUCAUCAGAGGAACAGGCAGACACACAAGUCAAUUUUAGUACAAAGGGGACAGUGUGGUCAGCAUUUGAUCCAGAUAUCAGAUUUUUUCUGAACUGAUGAGCUUGUUUUGAACAGCUGAACCUCCAGACAUUAUUAUUUGUUAAUUAUCCACACCAAAGAGCAAGUUCUACCUUUUCUCAGCUAUUAAGUUUAGUAACACAUUCACAGACGUUGCUUACUCUCAGUAUUUAACCUUACUGUGUCUCGUUGGAGGUUUCACAUUCAGAACAUUUCCCACUGCUGUCUGUUUUUAUUCAGAUGAUAAAUGUAGACUUAGCUGACAGCAGGGUCAGGGUCGCUCAUGAUAUUACAGCAGGGGCAGAGGUUUAUCUGCUGUGUUUGUGAGUUUCAGUCGUAGGUCAGAGGAGGUUCUGCCAGACUGUCUGCUGAGUCUGAGAACGACAGCCUGACUAUAUUUGUAUGUGUGUGUGUGUGGGGGGGGGGGCUUUCAGGAAACAUUCAUGUGUGAUGUCCUAUUUUUUGUACUCCAGUUGCGUUAGAUAAACUUUUUAAGUCAAUAAGUGUGUGUAAAUAUUCGAGCUCAAGUCGAGCAACUCCUGAUGUCGGGUUCACCGUGCGUUAAAGUUCACAACUUUAAGAUGAGGGUCAAGAGAAGUUUAAAUUGCGAGGGAAACUUGUGGGUUUUCUGUGCCUGAUCCUAAUGGCAGUUCUCCUUUUACGUUUCUGUAAUAACCUGGAGUGAGGUGAUGUGAGAAUGUAUAAGGAAAAUAACCUUGAACAGGUUGACUGUGAAGUUUAUAUUGAGCAACUGGUACAAACCCUGAAGAGUGGCGCUCAACAGGAUGAAUCAGAACAUCAGAGACUGAAGAAGAAUGAAUUUGAAGAUGAGAGCAGUGAGAAUGUUUGCACUUAUACACUCAGCGUUGCACUUCUCUUAUUACAUCAAACACCAGCACAGCAGAGGCACGACUCGCUCUCGCCAUCGCACCUCUGUGACAUUUGUACUGACAGGAGGAUGUUGCACAACAACCGACAAUAUGAAAAAGGCUCCAACAGUGGAUAUCUGCAGGUUUUGUAGACAGGGCCUCUUCAGUUGUCUUGAAUUGUUCAGGUGUGCUAAUGUGAAAGAGGCCUAUUCAAAAUAUCUGCUAAUUGUUUGGGUGAUUAUAAAGAACCUUAAACUCACUUUUGCCCUGAUAGAGAGUUGUUGUAGCAUCUUCAUCAACUUACAGUGUUACAGGAAGAGAUAGGAGAAUAAUCAUGUUUGGCUUUUGAGUCCAGAUUUCAAAAUCAAUACUUUUUAUUGCUCAAUUGCACAUUAGUUCCAAGCCCGAUGGAUACCAAACAAAAAAUAACAUCUACAACAAGCUGACACUUGCAGCAUGAAAGAAAAAUAGCUGCAGUUGUUGGUGUUUGAAUAAACAUGGACAAGUUAACUUAUCAUCUCAUUUAUUUCAGCGUUUUCUUGACAAAUCUGCUCCACACUGAUAUUUUGCAUGUCCACAACUGACUACAACUGACUGUCUUUGAGUUAUGGGUGUUUAAAUAUAUUUCUGAUCAGUUAUUUGACUCUUGUUUUUAUCACACAGGUGAGCUGUCCCUGCAGAGGCUCUCUGGUUUCGUGCUGGAUUUCAACAACACAGUAAAAUGUCCCGAAAGCAACAACAACAUCCAGACCAGCAUCAGUUUUCAGUGUGGGAAAACUAUGGUAGGAUUUCAACACAAGAGACUCGUCUUUUUGGGAAUUAUUGGUUCUCAGGCUGAAAGAUUAGUUUGAAAGUGCUGGCCUGAGGUUAGAAAUUCCUUAUUGGAAGGAUAAAUCUAGAGCCGGUGAAGUCAAGCAAACAUUUUAGUCAUCAAGUGAGAUUUAAGCGAACAUUUAAAAUGACUCAGAAAUGAAAAACAAAAUUGAUGUGUUUCCCUCGACUGCUUUAGAGCUAAUAAACUUGGAUCACUGCGAAGAACAAAUUAUUGUCCACCAAGUUAUAUCCGAUUCCGAAACUUCCAUACAGGCUUUCUAUAGUCAUACUGGAAAUAUACAUGUAAAUAUAUCUUUAUUUUUAUUUAUUUAACCUUUAUUUAACUAGGUUUGUCCCAUUGAGAUCUGAGGAUCUCAUUUGCAAGGGAGACCUGACCAAGAAUGGCAGCAAUACAUAGUUAGAACAAACAGUCACACAGACUCAAUACAGAAUAAAAAUGUGAGGAAACAUCAGUUGAAACAGAGACAUUCUGAGUGUUUGGACUCCAGCCUUUUAACUGCAGAUUUAAAAACGGUCAAAGACGCCAAGUUUUGCAGCUUAAAUUCAGUCUGCAGAUUAUUCCACGCAGAGGGAGCAAAGAACCUGAAAGCCUUCUUUCCCAUUUCAGUUCGGACUCUGGGAACAACAAACUGUAUAAAUCUCAACGAUCUCAGGUUGUGUAAUCCGUCCUUUAAGAUCAAUAAGGAGGAGAGGUAGUCUGGAAUUCUUCCAAGAAUGCCUUUGUUAAAUGAAAACGUACCAAUGACCAAGCCGAUGAGUACUUAAAGAAGUCCAACUGACUCUGGAGUAUUAAGUACAGCGAUGAGUUAAAAAUCCACAAUUUGUUAUAAAUCUCAGAGCUCCAUGGUAAACACUGUCCAACAUUUGCAGACUCUGGGCAGAGGCAUUCAUGUAUAAAACAUCACCACAAACAAGAAGAGGUAAGAAUAUAGACUCCACAAGUCUCUCUUUAACAUUAAAAGAAAAACCGGACUUGUUUGUAUAGUAAAAGCCUAGUAAAACUUUCAGCUUUCUAACAGCAUGCUGAAUAUGUUCUUUAAAAGACAAGUUUUCAUCCAGUAAAAUCCCCAGGUACUUAAAAGAAGACACAAGCUCAAUUUCUUGACCGUCAGUAUUAACAAUCUUCUCUGACAGUGUUUCUUGUGAUGCUCUUGUAGAUGAAAACAACAUGAGUUUAGUUUUCUCCACAUUAAGCACAAGUUGCAGCUCCCUAAGCUGAUCUUGGACCAAAUUGAAAGCAUGCUGAAGAUUUACAAAAGCCAGCGCAGGUGUUGGUGCACAGCAUGAAAUGGCUGUAUCAUCUGCAUGCAAAUGAAAAUUUGCAUUUGGAACAUUUUGUUUCCAGGCAGUCGAUAUAUGUUGUAAAUAAGAGCGGUCCCAGAACAGAACCUUGAGGCACACCCUUGUGAAUUUGAAGUACCUCCAACAAGAGGCCGUCUGACUGAACAGCCUGGCAGCGUCCUAGAGGACGUUUCCAAGCUAAACAAAGGCCAGUGUGAGCUGGAUUUGCACUGUAACUGUCACUAAAACCUGAAGCUUUUCCAUCUAUAAAGACCCUCCAUGAAGGCUUGUAACCACAAAACUGUAAGUGACAGUAUAACAGCAGCUGCUCUAACACAAUCCUAAUCUGUUCAUUUAAAGCACCAGAGCAGCCGCUGCAGUGAUGUGUGAGUGUCCACACAGAUCCGCUCAACAACAGAGCUGCUUUGUUUUGAAAGCAGACGGCACAGUCGAAUACAGUGUUCUUUUAGGCUGACAACAAAUACAACAUGUCCCGGUCACAAUAAAGAGGCAUGGUCUCUUUAGUCUUCCCUUUGAUUAGUUUUGGAUGAAAAAACUACAAUCAGUGAUUUCCUGCCUUUAGGAUUUGAAAAAGUCAACUCGAGUUCAAAUCCUCUGUCACAUAGUUCACAGAGUAAGAAUAUAUCAUGUAAAGCUGUGGUUGAAGGUUUUUGUGUAUUAUUCUCUGCUGACAGGUCUGAAAACAAGCUUUACUCGGGUGUUAAACUUGCACCGUCAUCACUGAGUAACACUGAAGUAACAGCAUGCUUUGCUGUUUUCAGUUAUUUGUUUGCACCACAUUUGACUUGCAAAAAAUUUGAAAUUUAAGAUAAAGCCCGUUUAGUUUUUAUAAACUCCCACUUGGCUCACAUCUAAAUGAGACAGAAUGAAAGUUAGCUCUCUGUUUUCGUAGCUAACGUGUUAGACAGAUUCAAUUUUAGUUUUUUUGACACCAGAAGCAGGUGUUUGCUCUCAGCUGCUCUGAGUUUAAGGAAAUGGAAACGAUGUAGGACAAUGACAGUCAUCUGCCGUAUAUUUCUGCUUACUUGAGUCAGUGGUGCGUCUGUGGUUUCAGUAAUGACUGAGAGGUGAGGUCGUGUUCACUUGUGUCAUUUCCUGUCAAGUAACAAAGAGGAGUUUCACAGACAAUAUGCGCUCUGGUUUCAGAAUGUGAAGUGGAGAAAUGAAAGUUAAUUUUAUGGAACAAAAAGUCGUCUUGUGAUUGAAAACAGAAGUAGUAGAGCUUUCUCAAGAUGUCUUGUAUAAAUGACAUCACAACUUCUCUGCACUGGGUAUAAUUUUGAUCCCUUGAUACUAGGGCUGUAAAGUCCCAGUCAACUGGUCAACUUAUUGGUAGAUCCAUGCUGAGUGGACCAAAAUUCUGAUGUUAAGUCGAUUUUUGGUUGAAAAUUUCAGGGUUUUAGUCGUUCAGCAAUUUCUUUGACUGAUUACAGCCCUACUUGAUACAUGAGAGAGGGAUGAACAGAAAGAAAGAGAUGGACAGAGAAGCAGACAGAGAAGCUUGUAGUCGAAGCAGCUGGAAAGCAGGAUGUCUGCAGCAGUGAUCCAGAGGAACCUAAGGCCUGAUGGAGUUUAGGGACUCCCAGAGAAGACUGUGUUUUAGUGACUCUAAUGGGACAUGAUGAUUUAAAGUCAAUCACACAGACAGAAAGAGAAUAGUGAAGGAGGGAAAGGUGCCAGUCUAAACCCAUAGCAGCAUAAUUAAGAGGAGGCCCAGGUCUGAUCCAGCUCUAACUAUGAUUUUUAUAUUAUAUCACUCAGCCUUUAUAUAUUGGCUUUACUUGGGCUUGUUCUUGAUGUUGGGGUUGAUAAAGUUAAAAAUAAAAAGGACUCUAAGACCAACAAAAAGUGAGAUACAUUGGCCGAGUUUUUAUUUGUGUCUGUUAAAAAGAUGGCAAAUGUCCACAAAGAGUGAAACCCUCUCACAUCUUUAAGAAAGUAGUUUUAAGGAGCACUUGUUCAGGCAUUGAACCUCUAACCUCUUCAGGAGCAUUGUGUGUCUUUUUUGGCUGAGCUCAGCUGUAAAUCUUGUAAAUCUUGUGAAUCUUGGUGGCACCCUUAUUGAGAGGUGAGCUUUGAAGUGCCAGUGCAAAGUGAGUAAGUGAUUUAAAUUAAAUGAUAUAAAAACACAGGAUUAUUAGUCAAAAAUCUUUCCUUUUUUCUCUCCUCGGGCAGAGCUGCUUCACACACAUACACACCCUUUUAAAGUUAUUCACCCUUAUCAAGAUAAAACUUCCUCAUGUUUGUGUCUUUGUGUCCUGCAGGGGACCCCGGAGUUUGUGGCUGAGUCUCAGUGUGUGCAUUAUUUUGAAUGGAAGACCUACACCGCUUGCAAGAAAGGCAAAUUCAAGCCACACAAAGAGGUAGGUGGUGGAACAUCCGAUCAACAACCGGCUAACUGACAAGAAGAUUUUGGGCGCAAGUAAGACCGAAACUGACGCAUGCGUGUGCUGAGGUGUGAUACCUGAGAACAAAGAGGUGUUUGGGAGGAAAUUGACUCACUUAAGGUUAUUCAGAGUUAUAUCAGAGUUUCCUGUGUACUCAUGUUAAAAGCAUCAAUUUAGGAGAGGUUAUUUUAGGUUUUUAUGCUUUAUGGAAUAUCAUGAGUGACAUCAAAUAAGGAACAGAUAGUUUAAAAAGUAAUAAUCUGCUGGAUCUUGGACAAUUGUUCAGGAGUUUUUCUAAAUUGAGGCCAGUAUAUGUCAGUAUUCACUUGAAGUCUCCUCUGUAUCCAGGUGCCCUGUUAUGCAUUUGACUCAGACGGGAAGAAACACGACCUCAACCCUCUGAUCAAAACGACCGACGGCUACCUGGUGGAUGACGGUGACGACAACAUCGACUUCUACAUCAACAUCUGCAGAAGUCUCAGUGAGUGACCUGAACGCAUUGAUGGCUGCUGCUUUGACAUGGACAAUAUUCCAGUUAGAAAUGGUUUGAAAAUGCUUCACAUUAUUGGGUAUGCUGGUCACUUUGCUGAGCAACGUAGCUUGAACUAGUCGGUGGGGUGUGACUGGUCGAAGGUAGCUGUUUACGUUGCUACACAGUGAAAGUACAGAUGAUGCUAACAGAUGCUAAAAUGGUAAAAACAUGUUAUUUUCUGUGUGAGACGGAGGAGUGUUGCCUGUUACAAAAUCAUGUGUACUAUCUAAAAGUAUUUUUGUCUUAGUUGGGUGUAGAGAUGCACCGAUUCAUAUUUUUUUCAAUCCAAUCCGAUAAGCGUAGUGUAUCGGCCGAUAUUCUAUAACGAUCCAUUACUACUGUUGAAUGAGUGAACUGCAUACCUUGCUCAGUGAGUGAAGGCAUCAGGCUUGACAUUCGCCUUGUUAAAAUCAAAGGUAACAAAUUAAUACAGGUAUAGAUUUACUUAAUAUUAUUUAUGAACAAAUAAUAAACUGUACAUUAGCACACAGCAAAAAGAAGUAAGACUUUCAUGUAAACAUUUAGUGCAAAAGGAAAGGCAGAUAUAGAAUACAGAUCGAACAGAAUCGCUGUGUAUCUGUGUGUGAUAUUAAUUAAAAUAUAAAAAAACUGGAUUGGAAUGCUUGAUCGGAGUCAUUCAUCAGAUAUCUGAACCAGUUAAUCUGUCAAUAUCAGAGCUGAUACCUGAUCCAAAUAUCGGAUUGGUGCAUCCCUAGUUGGGUGCCAUUCUAUGGGAAACGCCGCUCUACUUAUCUACAAUCAAUCUUCAAUGUUCAUUAAGUUAAAAUAUAUUUUCUUAAAAAUUGUUAGUUUUUUGAAAACAGAAAAUAAACUAGAAAGUAAGGCAGGAACUCACCUAAAAAAAUAGGUUACAUUUAGCUAACCCUAACCCUGGAAAACAGGAACACAAAUGGUAUAAAGACAGUAACUCAUAAAAUCAAAGAUUUAGAAAUCAAUUAAGUGGUGAGUCUUAACUGUGUAACUUCCUUAUGAAUACAAAUGUCCUUUUUCUUCUCCAUUAUGCUCUUUCAGACAAACCAGACAAAUCCUGUCCAGAGGACUCUGCAGCCUGUCUGGUCACCGGUCAUGGCACCUACAACAUGGGCUCACCCAGCAAACAGCUGGAGCUGCUGUCCAAUGACAGGUAUCCUCAGGCUUGUUCUGAAACAAGCUGUUGGACUGUUGCUGAGUUUUUUUUUAAACUCUGGAGAGUCCAGAUUGUGUUUUUGAUUUUUCUUCAUUCAGCUUUAAAAUGAUAUAAAUCUGUACAAGAGAAAAUAUGUCUUCUGUAUUCUUUCCUCUCUAGACUGAGGUUACAGUAUGAAGUCAGCGCAGACUCAACUCUUCCAGAAAUCUGCAACGGACACCAUCCUGGCGUCACCAUCACGUUAAUCUGUCCAUCAAGCAGACACUCGGUAGGUCUCACACACACUUGUAAGACUUGGUUCUGGGCCUAUCUUGAUCUCUGCUGCAGAUAUAAAGGAAAGCUCAGAGUGUGCUUUGCUAAGAGUGUGCUGUGGCUUCUCAGGGCAGCACUCCGAGGAUGAUGGCAGAGUCAAACUGCCGCUACGAGGUGGAGUGGGUGACCGAAUACGCGUGUCACAGAGAUUACCUGGAGAGCCACACCUGCAAACUGACCAGCGAACAGCAUGACCUGUCGAUAGACCUGACACCCCUAACCUUGAGCUGUAAGUUAGAGAUUUUAUCUAACCUUUUAAACCUUUAACCUUUCAGGUCCAGUUUGUGUGAAAGUUUGAUCAUAGUCUAGUUUGGACAUUAUUUUUGAUUUAGGAUCCAGCUGAGAUAGUUUUUACAUAUGUUACAAUUCAAAUCAUAGAAAAGUGAUUGUGAAGCAGAGAUUAGGGCGUUUCCCUCUCCUAUAGACACGAGAAUACUUCUCUUUUGGAAAUAUUCACGAUUACACACUCACCCUGCAAGAUUUAUUGGGUCAUAGAGCCUCUUUUUUUAUCCUACAGAGGAAGUAACUCAGUGUGGAAACCUUUCUGACCUUCUUAGUUUUGACAACUCAUCUUUAAAAAUAGAAAAAUGUUUUCCAUCUAUUUUAACUAGUACGGAUUCAGGCUGGACUGUAUCUGCUUAUGUUAGUAACAGGGGUUUCAUAUACAGCAGCUCACAUUGAACCUGGUGGCUGUAAUUUGUGUGAUAGUGUUUUUUUUAGAUUUCAGAAUUUUUGAGUCAUUUUCUUACAAGAAUAAGUUUUUAUAAAAUCUCUUCUUACAUUACAAGAUUGGUGUCGUAUUUUUCUAAAAAUUAAGUCUUAUCAAAGCCAUAAUAGGAGGACAUUAAAGACAUCAUAUUAUGAAAAUAAAGUGGUGAUGAAGUCAUAGUCUUGGUUUACAGUGAGCUGCCUUUGAGAUAACGCGACUCAUGGAGCAUCUCGUUAGCUUUUUGUUUUAACCCUCUAUUGUCAUUCUGUGAUUGUGUGUUUAGCUUCAGACCCUCCGUACUUCGCACACUCCGGGCCUGAGAGCGGAGAUGAGAGCUACAUCUACUACCUGAAUGUGUGCGGAGAGGUCUCCACCCAAGAAUGUGGCUCCGGAUCGAUAUCAUCCUGUCAGCUGAAGACGUCGGGGACCAUGAAGAAAGUGGCGGGAAGAUAUCAGAACCAGACUCUGCGGUAAUGAUGUGGGGAUGAAAGUGUGUGUGCUUGUGUGAGGAGAAAACAAACUUCAGGCCUCUAAAUAAAGGCACUAGUGCUUUUGAUUUUUCUCACAAGAAGACUCCCUGAUCAAGUUCGUCCAGUGGCGGCUGCUGGUCUUUCAAGGAGGGGAAGCUCAUUUUUCUGGCCUACAUCAUAAUUGUAUUUGUUUAUUAGUAUGUAACAGAACAGAGUCGCCAAACACAACGGCAGUCGUUUUUAACAAAGACAAAAGUCGCUGAGGAUCGGUAAAGUCUCUGGAGCAGUUAAGAACAACGGAAUAAAUGACUUGGAAAAUGCUCUGGUAGAUGUUUUAUUCUUCAAGAUCGCUGAUUCGCUUGUUUAGCUGUCAAUCAAAAAGGAUUUCGCCUCAGACAGCUCAUCCAAUCAUGAAUGCAGAAGCUUGGAGUCCGGGAGAAAGUCGGGACCGCCCUCUCGCCAUAGAACUCCAGUGAAGCUUAGCUUCCAUUGGGCGGGACAAAGUCCAGCAUUUAUCCAAUGAGCGUCUAGUUUUGCUGCUGGAACAACCCACUUUAAGCUUGAAGUCAGCAGAAGCCCAGCGUCCGACUGUUUGAAGCGCUGAGGCGCUGCGAGGAUGAAUGAGAACGAAGUUAUGCCGGUUACCUGUGAUUAUCAGCUUCUUAUCACAGUGUCUGAGCAAAAGUUGAGGGCUUUCUAGUGCGUAUUUAGUUAAUGAAAUGUACACACAGCCGUACGUAUUUCACCACUUUUUCUUUUUUUGGGGGGGUGACAUUUUAAGGGAAGCCGAGCUUCCCUUGCAGUCUUAGAGCAAUCGCCACUGAGUUCGUCUGAUUCCAGUGGAUACUUGCAAUAACCAAUGGGAGGAGCAGAUCCAGUCAAACAUGGCAGCUCACCUGAUGAAUCUUUUCAUAUCAUACUUUUUUAAAAACUCUUUCUCCUUCCCUCCUUUCCUGCCCUCUCUUUUUUACUUUUCUCUUCUGCAGUUACUCAGACGGAGAUCUGACUCUGAUCUACCCAGACGGCGACAGAUGCUCCAGCGGUUUCCAGAGAAUGACCAUCAUCAACUUUGAGUGCAACAAGACUGCAUGUGAGACAAGUUACAAAAGACUGUGCACAUAAUCAACAGCUUUAUCUGUUAGUUUGACGACAUCUGAGAGUUGUUUUAGAAAGGACAGAAGGCCUUACAAGGUGCACAGUGUCUGACUCAUCACAGCAACAGGAAACACUUCGUCUCUGUUUUUGCAUUUUCAAAACAUUGAGUGUCAUCAAGCUAGCAUCAAAUGUCUCGUGUUUAAAGCUCCUGUGAGGAAUUUUUGGGGUUCAUGAAACACAGUGAUAUUCAUAUUCAUGCUUUCUCAUGACAUCCAAAAACAUAAAAGACUCGCUUUUCUUAUUUUUACAUUUUUAAGAGGUAGGGGUCUGCCAAGCAGCUGAGCAAACAGCCCUAUUUUUACUAUUUCCAUAUAAAAUAUUUACCACAAAUGACACAUUUGACUCUCAAAUGUCUGAUAAAUCGAUCAGUCCUGAUUGUUUUCUGUGUUUUCUGCAGCUAAUGGUGGUCGAGGGGUUCCGGUCUUUGCAGGAGAGACGGAUUGCACUUAUUACUUUAACUGGGACACGGCCUUCGCCUGCGUCAAAGAGAAGGAGGAUCUGCUCUGUCGUGUCAGAGAUGGACACAAGCACUAUGACCUCUCACCUCUCACUAAAUACCCCGGUGAGUUUAUUUGUGUUAAAUUAAGUUGAAUUUUAUCAUAGUUGGGAAAAAUCUUUUGCUUAUCAUUCAUCUUUGUGUCUGUUUUUGCUGCUCCAGGGUCAGAGGUCAGUGGGAACUGGGAGGCAGUGGAUGCUAAAUCUCCUCAGCCUGACUCACGCUACUUCCUGAAUGUCUGUCACAAAGUCCUGCAGACAGGAGACGCUGUUGGCUGUCCGGUUAAUGCCUCCAUCUGUGCCAUGGGUAAGAGGAGGAUUUCCAGAAAGUAAUAAAAAGGAUAUUUUUACACCAUAAAAUGUCAUGAUAGUGAUGCUGGAGUCAAAAGGUUUUAUAGCUCAGGGGAUGGUUGUUGAUUUUCAUUCUCUGACAUUUAGUUUUAUUUACGGUAGUAAUCCAUUGAUACCACACAAAUGCCUUUCGCUAUGGUUGACAUAUUCUUUCAUAACACCAAACAUGAGCAGAUAAGAACAACAAGAGCAUCAGCCUGGGCAGCUUCCUCUCAUCUCCUCAGAAGACUAAGAUAGGAAACGACAUCAGGCUGGUGUACUCCGACGGAGAUUUCUGCAACAAUAAAAAGACGAGAAUCCAAACGAUCCUCACCCUCAAGUGCAAAACAGGUGAGUUCAAAUGAUUUUUUUCUAAUAUCUGUUAUUUUCUUUUACACUUGAAUCACUUUUUCUGUCUCGUGUUCUUGCAGGAGAUCUGGAGAGUGCUCCUAUCCUGCGUAGUGUUUCAGAUGACGGGUGUGCAUAUGAGAUGGAGUGGUACACUGCUGCUGCCUGCGUCCUCUCGAAGAUGCAGGGAGACAACUGCAAAGUGGAGGACCCCCAGGCUGGUGAGACAAAUACACGUACAACUCCUAUCAGUGAGGAUUCUGACUCAAGUUUUACUCAAAGGACACCCUUUACACUCCAAUUUGAGAAGAUAUAAGAACACAAAAGCUCAUAUGUGCGGUGUUUACAUCUCAAAAUAACAAUAAAAGCAGAAAAAGUCAAGCACCUCCUUAACCCCCCACCAAGCAUCAGUAGUUGUUUUGGUCCUUUUAACCUCCUAUCAAACCACAAAACCAUGAAACAGGACAAAAUAUUGUUUAAUAGUUUGUUUGGCUGUAAAAUAAAACUCUAAAGUCAGAGCCUGUUUUUCUAACAGCAGAAAAAGCUGAUAAAGCUCACUGACUGUCACACCUCUCAGUCACAUGAGAGCUGUUAACAUCAAUGUUAAUCAUUAAGCCUUCCCCCUGUGCUGCCAUCUAGCUGCAGCUGCCUGACCUGCUCCCAUUAUUCUCCGCUCUAUACUCUUGAUUUAUGCCUAAAGUUCUGUAUCCUCCUCCUCUCUAACCAGCUACUGUCCUCCACAGAGUUUUCCUUCGAUUUGUCUCCUCUGACCAAAGCCAACGGAGGUUUCUACAACCUGACCAGCGGCAGCUACACCUACUACAUCAACGUCUGUGGCACGGUCACGGCUGCCAGCUGUCCUGCAAAGGCCGGAGCAUGCCAGGUGGAGAAAAGGUGAGGGAGGCAAAGCACAUGAACACACACAUACAGUCACUUUUGAGUGUGACCAAGCAUAUACUGUUCAUGCUCAGAAAGGUUGGAUCAAUAUUUGUUUAGAAUAUCAGCCUGCAGUUAUACUCAAUGAGAUAGUAAAACAUUAUGUCAGAGGGUAUAAAAAUAAGUGCAAUCACAGGUGAUCAUUAUCAUUAUUAUCAUUUAUUAUCACAUUCAGCCCUGAGUGAGAGAAGCUAUAAAGGCUGUCUUCAGGAACUUUCACAAGAGCCAAAGAAUAAAUAAAAAGCACCAAGUUUAUCUGUAUAGAGCGCUUUAAAAACAAACAGGCUAUUCUUCGUGGUGUCAUUUUUUUGUCGUCUACACAGUGUUUUUAAAGUACUAAACAAAUAUACUUAAGUUGAAGUAUAGUUACCUUACCAGAAAAUGACUCAAGUCAAAGUGAAAGUCUCCCAUGGGAAUUCUACGCUCGAGUGCUUCGCCUGCUUCAACUUCAGAACUAGCUAAGCCUAGGCUAGCAAACUAAAAUGGCUAAUUCAUUGUCUUCACCCAUAACAUCUUAAAUAGCCACUGAAUUCCCUUAAAAUUGUUAUGCUUUUAUUUCCAUAUAUAUAUAUAACACGUGGACCUGCUGACAUUAUUUGUUAUAAAAAAUCUAAGGGUCUUUCAGAUUUUUUUGGCCAAAUCUAAGGAGGAAAGAUUUAGAAGUCUCCUUUGUUAAAUCAGGCUAAUGGGUAUGUUCUUCACAAUCAGAAACAAUCGUUCCUCUUGAAGUGUUAUGCCCAAAUAAGCACAUAUUUUUAGGUGGGUGUAGGCAACAGCUUAGAAAAAAUAAAUGGACACACACACAGAGGGGCACACACACACACCACCACCAAUCACGAGACACAAUAGUGCAUCCUCCUACAGUCAAGAGGAACUUAGGACAGAAGUUGGGUAUGACGAUAACCAUCACACAGACACUGGACAUUUAGGUGGGUGCAAGCAACUGCACAGCCUACAAGCAGCUGCCGACAUGCCCGGGCUUGAGUGACUGAUUGAUGAUGACCAAACACAAUGCAAAUCAACAUAGAUAAAAGGAAGAAAGAGUUUUUUCCCCCUACCCGCUGUCAUAGUAACAAAGUAAAAAUAGUAGCGAAGAUGCUUCUGUGAAAUGUAGUGGACUUAAAGUAUACUUUUAUUUUUAGAAAUGUAGUCAAGUGAAAGUAAAAGUUGCAGGCACAAAAAAAACUACAGUAAAGCACAGAUACGUCAAAAUUAUACUCAGGUACUGUACUGAAGAAUUGCUACUUACUUACUAUACAACACUGCAUCUACACUGGUGCAAACACUACACCAGUCUAAAAUGCUGACAGUGGCAGAAGUGGAGAUGACUUUGGUCUCUGUAUGUUCCGUCUCUGCAUCACUUCAGCUCCUGGAGUCUCGGUGAAGCAAACUCCCGCCUCUCGUACUACGACGGCCUGAUCCAGCUGACUUACAGUAACGGCUCUCAGUACAACAACCAGCAGCACACCCUCAGAUCCACAAUCAUCUCCUUCCUCUGUGAUCCAGAAGCUGGAGCUGGAAAACCUGAAUUCCAGGUAAAAUCUCCUCCCUUCCUCUUUCCCUCCAUUGUUAAAGCUGCUUCUGUUCCUGCUGUGUUGUGUUGAUGUUCACAGUCCUCUGUACUGAGGCUGUAUCUAGCUUUUAGAUGAAAACUGUGUUUGUUUUUGUACUCCAGAUUGAGGACAACUACACCUACAACUUCCGCUGGUAUACAUCCUACGCUUGUCCUGAAAGGCCUCAUGAGUGUUUGGUGACAGAUCCUGAAACUCUUGACCAGUACGACUUAUCCAGGUAACAGAAAGAUACAUCCGGAGUAAUUCUUUAUCAAAUCCUCAAGCUACCAAGAUUCAAUCUCCUCAUUUUAUUUAAUCUUCAUCUCUAUCCUCCAGUUUGUCACGCACCUCCUCAAACUGGCAGGCCAUGGACAUGACUGAUACCCUAGACCUGAGGAAGUAUUACAUCAACAUAUGCCGGCCAAUCAACGCUGUGCCCGGCUGUGAUCGCCACGCCUCCAUCUGCCAGACGAAAUACACAUCAGGGCAGGUGUGUAAAAGUUUGAAAAAAUACAACAGUGUAAAAAUAAAGUUUUGUUUUCUGUGAAACUGAUCUCAAAAAGGUAAUCAUUAUUGUCUUCUACGAUUAUAUCAAAAAGCUCUUUUUUUAUUCAACUAUUUAAGUCUGUAAAGUAGUUUAAGAAGAGCUGAUUUGACAGUUUUUAAAUCUGCUAUUUACUGCCUUCUUGAACUUUCAGCUGGUAAAUAAAAUGGUGAAUGGAGUAAUAAUUGUAUCCUCUCUUAAAUGCGAUAAAUACGCUGUUUCCUCCCCUCUCUCCUCAGAGCUCUCCAAAGGAGGUGGUCUCAGUCAGUAAUAUGGGAAUAUCUAAACGUGGCCCGAUCAUCGAAGGGCGUGACCGGCUGCUGCUGGAGUUCACAGACGGCUCCACCUGCAUGUCAGACGGCCAACAGCUCACCUACACGACACGCAUCCACCUGGCCUGCUCUAGAGGGUCUCUGGUGAGUCUGCAGUCUAUAGAUAAGACUGUCAAGGACAUUGUAGCAUGUUGGCAUAAAUGUGUCUAAGAUGUGUCCCUGUUUGUGCAGUCAAUGGGCCCGAGAUUCCUGAUGUACCAGAACUGUACCGCCAACUUUAACUGGGAGACCAGAGCAGCCUGUGCCAUCAAAACCACCAAGAACAACGUGAGUUACACGUGUAUAGUGUAACUCACACUGAACGUGUAUUUGCACACUUAAAAACUUAUAAAAUCUGUGUGAUUGUUAUAAAGAAACACACUGACGUAGUUUUACAUUUAUAAAGUCGAUAUAUUUGUGUCUCAGAACUGUGCUGUUGUGGAUCCAAACACUGGUUUUGAGUUCAACCUUCAGCUUUUGGCCUCUAAGAAUGGAUAUAAGACGACUGCAAACGGAAAAGACUUCCUGGUGAGGCAUUUGAUCAUCAAAUUGUGAUUUUCUCGUAGCAUAUGGAAAAACAUACAAACAAUUUGUUUCCUGUCUGUAGUGCAUAAGUUGGAGACCUAUUAAUAUGAGGACUAAUUUACCCAAAGACUGAACAAAAACCCAUCUUUCUUCUUACCACCUUAAAGGUGAAUAUCUGCUCAGACGUGGCAGAAUGUGGACAGGGCAUGGCGGGCUGUGAGCUGGAUGAGGGGCAUCCGGUCAGUCCGGUGGGAGUGGAGAAGACCCUCCAGUACUCCACUGAUGGUCUGCUCAAACUCACAUAUAAAGGACCCCUGGACACUCCCACAGGUGAGACAGAUAUGACAUCUGUUCAGAUUUAUGAUUGUUUAUGUUUCCUGUGAUCAGAUCAAUUAAAAUAAGGAAUAUUAAAAAAAUAGAUUAGUCUCUGUCACCUCUGUGCUGUCUUGAUGAUGUUGCCUAAUUUCACAUGGUAAAGAAAUCCACAUUAAUUCAUAAGAAACAUAAAAAUCAGUGUUUUAAAUAUAGUUGAGACAUUGAAAGGAUUUCUUUUUGUCUGUAUUUUAUUUACGGUGUUUCAAUUAUUUAUUGUCUCUUUCAUGAGUCCAUGUUUUAGAAAACCAUUGCUUUUGAUUUAAACUAAUUCCACAUUCUCGCACAUAAUUGACCAUUUAGACACAUGAUGGUUGUUAAGCUACAGUGAUGGAAAAUAACACCUCUAAACGAUGGACCGGCUUAUUUCAAUUUAAAAACUCCCUUUCAGCUCAGGAGAUUAGUCAAAAGUAAUAAGUACUUUGUGUCAAACAGAAUUAAAAUAUCACUGAAUUAUUUCAAGUUUAAGCUUCCACCAUUGAGCUGAGCUUAUGACCGCAGCUAAUCAGAUUGGUGUCAGCAAGCAACUGCAUCAUCAAAAGCCGGCAGAGCUCUAAUCUGAAACUGCUGUAGACCUGUGGAUUUAACAAAAUCAGAGUAGGUUACUGCUGAAAGGGUGGCAACUGACUUCAGAUCAGCCAACACUGAGGAAAACUUAAGCUGAAGGCACGUCUUCAAGUGGGCAUGUGAUCUCUCUAUGGCUGGGAAGAAGUCAAACUCAUACCAAAUUAGAAUGAAACAGAGAAACCAACCAAACUGGAGCUCCUAAAAAAACGAAAAUGUAGUUGCACCAUGUUGACACUGAUUUGACAUUUUGUACAUGCACUCCUAAAUAUUACAGUGUUACUCUCAAAAGAGACCAUUUCAGAGGAGACUGGUUGAGCAUGGCAUAGUAACGGAAAUGAUCAAUCUUGAAGUCUUAAAUCAUAAAUUACACAUCUUUGUCAUUUGAUUCUGAAGUAAAGACAGUUGUGGGGAUUUCAAUUUGGACUUAAAACUGUUUGAAAAUGCAAAAUAAUGGCAUUCAAACAUGGAAGAGUGAUUAACUGUUAUCCAAAAGCCAAUCAAAAGCUGAAUCCUUCCCUUUUUGUGCAACACCUUCUAAAAUAAGACGUCCAAUAUUGACCCCUUUUUUUGCAUAUAUUUGCUUUUUUCCAUCAGCCACUCGGGACACCUUCACCAUCAACUUCGUCUGUGAUCCGACCUCUCACCCCGGCUCUUUGAAAUUGGUGCAGGAGGAGUUGAGCACUUUACCGCACCACGUGGUCCAUAAUGUCCUCUUUGAGUUCUCUACUGCUCUGGCUUGUAUUCCUGCUCCUGUGGACUGUCAGAUCAUCGGUAUACACACAAUCACACAAACACACAAACACUCUCAGGAAAGUUAUUGUAAAAUGUGCAGAUAUCUUCUUUUUCCUGUGUUUGAUCAUUUACUUUUCUGUUUCCGGUAGAUGCUCACGGUAAUGAGUACGAUCUGAGUCACCUGAUCCGGGACAUAGAUGACAGCCCUUGGAUCGCCAUAGAAACAGAUGCGGUCAAAUCACGCAGGUUUUACAUCAACGUCUGCAAACCUCUUCCUCCUUUGGUCGGAUGUCCAGGUCUGUGCAGGCAUAUUUAUCUCUUAACUGAAUCUAAAUACAUAUAUGAUACAUAUAUGAGUCUUAAUACAUCGUUACCUGUACAGGUGAGGCAAUAAACUGCAAGCUGCUGAUCCUUUGUAAGAAAAUCAUGCUCAAAAAGGUCAUCACACGGUCAGAAUUGUAAUAAGUUUGACUAAUGUAUUUUCAUAUGUUCGCCUCUUUCCUCCAGUGGGUCCUCUGGGUGCUUGUGGAGAAAUCGAUGGAAAGAGCGUGAACCUGGGGUACGUCCAGUCCAGUCCUCAGGCUGCGGACGACGGAUCCAUCAGCAUCGUCUAUCAGGGCGGAGAUCAGUGUGGUUCCACGUCGCACUACUCCACACGCAUCAUCUUCCAGUGUGACGACAAUCCAGUGAGUAUCACCGUUUCUGCUGUGGCCCUCUCUCUCUCUCUCUCUCUGCAGUGCUUUGUUUUAUACUAAUGAGGCCUCAUUACAGAUUGAAAAAGACAAAAAAAGCAGCUAAAGCUAUUUACUCAAUUCAAGAACAGAAAGAAGCAAUUUCUUUUCACUGCCUCCCCCAGGGUCAUUUUGAUUGCAGUGUGUUUGACUGUUAUGUAAGCACUAGUGUUUUCCUCAUGUGGGUUAGGGUCUGUCUCAGUCUGUGCUUUAUGUUUUCUAUCAACACGACAUCUGCUGGGCUCCCUUCUUCAGUCAGUUUGUGUCUCGAUUGGCUAUCGAGUUGUUCCACGUAACAAUGAACAAACUGAGCCAUCCUUGGACAUCCUCCCACUCAUAAGGAUUUCUGAUCAUGUUUAACAUUUACAGUUCCCAGUUUGAUUGUGUUUGUGUUUGUGCUCGCAGGGCUCCCCCUUGUUUGACCGUAAAGACGGCUGUGAGUAUGUCUUCAUCUGGAGGACGUCAGAAGCCUGUCCCAUCAAGAAGUCCAAAGGUGAAAUCAUCAUUUUUUCACAUUUAAGCGCUUAUAUUCAAAAAGUGUUACAGAUGCAUCAUAUCAGACCGUGCUGUAGUGAAUUCAUAGACGAACAUAACUGCUGAUUCGGUAUGAAAUCAAAGAGGGGCGAUUAUUCAUUUCUGUGUUGUCCGAUCAGGUGAUGACUGUAAGGUUAGUGACCCCAGAAGUGGCUACGAGUUCAACCUGAACUCUCUGAAGGGUCAAGAUUACCAGGUCAAGAAUGAUAAGUACAUCUACCACCUGUCCAUCUGUGAGGGUCUGCAGAGGGGCGUCUGCACCCACAAAGACACGGGCUCCGACUCUGUCUCCUCCUGCCAGGUGGACGGAGACAAACACAAGAUUGCAGGUAAGAAAGUGUUCAAAAAAGAAAGUAAAAUGUGUGAAUUUGUGCCAUUAUUCCUGUUUUGUUUUGUUUUUACAUGAAUUUGUGAUUAUGUGUUUUUUUAUGUGUGUGUUCAGGAAUGGCAAACCAGGUUCUGAGUUACGUAGGAGACCAAAUCAUCCUGAACUACACUGAUGGAUCGACCUGUCACAGAAUCUACAACAGAACCACCGAGAUCUACUUCUCCUGCCACCCUGACCGCCAUCCUGUGAGUUUUACUCUUGUUUUUCCUUUCCACUUACAUUUUAAAUUUGGAAGAACUACUUUGAUAUCUGUGCUGUAACUUCAAAAACUGACAGCUGUAUUCAGCUUACCUUUAACAUGAGUGAUAUAAAUGUCAUUUUUAUGACCUUUGUCACACAGAAAUGUAAUUAAGUAGUUUAAGCUCCUGUGAGUUUUUGAUGUUUAAAUUAGACUGAAAUGUAUAUAACUGCUUUUUCAGGAUAUAAAAACGCAAACAAAACCACUGGGAUGAAGACUUACUAUUUUUAUAUCUCAGUUUUUAAUGCCUGAAACCGUUUUAAGGGGGCAGUGUAACAUCACAACAGCAGUGCACAGUGAAGUUGAGUUUUAUUCUUUAAUUUCUGAAAAUGUAGAAAGUCUUAAAACCUACGUCUCAAAUAGUCUUAUAGGGUUUUAUUAUAGGUACUUACUUAUUAAACAGGAGAGGGAAACCUCGAUCUAAAAGUACCUCAGUCCUGUAUCUUUGUGAGCUGUCUGUGUGCUGGUUUGUCCAGCAGGGGGCAGUAAUCUCACAUCGUUUAGGGGUAAAACUUGAGCCUUGCAGUUUACAUCAUUAACUACUGAAUAUUAAUUAUUCACAGUCCUUAAUAAAGGUUGGUAACUGUUUAAUUUGUUUGUUUGUUCAGGGAGCACCAGAGUUUAUAAAGGAGACGCCAGACUGCACCUACCUGUUCAGCUGGCCCACUGCUCUGGCCUGUGUCCCGGUCAAAACAACCAGCUGCUCCUACAAGUAACUAUCUCUUACCCUCACUGUCAUCACCCUCUUUUCUUCCUCCUCUUACAUUCCACACUCUUUGUUUUAUCCAGCUCUCCCCCUUUUUCUUUGACCCGUUUCUGUUGAAUCUGUCAAACCUGCUGAGUUUGUAGCAGCUGUCCAGAUAAAUUCACAAACCUCAACAACAUGUCAAACAUGAUUUUCAUUCUCUCUGUGUUUUUUAUUUUCCCAGUGAUGGUCAGGGUCACUCAUACGACCUCUCUCCUCUGGCUAUGGAGUCUCGAAACUGGGUAGUGGAGCCCUCUACUGAAGACACGGGGAAACAGUUUUACAUCAAUGUCUGCAGGUCACUGGUGCAGCAGGGAGGUCAGUGAACUUUUAUACUCUUCAUUUGUUGAGCCGCUUUGGAGGAGCAGCAUCAAACUCUGAGUGGUUUUACAAGAACAUUUUUAUAAUCCCAUUUUCUCCAACUGUUAUUCUAUUAUCCCUCCGGUUUAGAUAAAGUUGGCUAAACUUGAUGCGAUUAAGCACUUGAAUUUAAAAAAAUCGUAUUAACUUAUUACCUUAUAUCUUAUUAUCAGGUUCUUGGAAGUGUCCCUCCAGUGCAGCAUCCUGUCUGAAGGUUGGAGAUGACUAUGUUAGUCUGGGCCAAGUGGGGUCUGGUCCAACGCGGGAAGGAAACAUCCUGAAGCUGCAGUACAGCAGCGGUCAGACCUGUCCUGAUGGACGCCGCAACAAGACCAGCAUCAUCCGCUUCAAGUGCGACAAAGACAAAGUGGUGAGUGAUGGGUACUAAUCUUUGCAUUGUAGGCUUUAAAGGACAGUUUCAGAUACGUCGGUAAGUACAUUUCAGAGACCAUGCAAAGAAACCAAAUAAGGUGUGUCAAAGGGCUGUAUGGUGAGAAAAGGUGUUUUUUCUUCAAGUUUAUGUUUCAAAAUGUGUUCUUGUCUGUCGUCCAGGACUCCAGGCCCACUCUGAUCUCUGCCAUUGAGGACUGUGUGUACUCCUUCCUAUGGUUAACAGCUGCUGCCUGCCCUCUCAAUUCAGUCCAGCAUGACGACUGCAGAGUCACCAACCCUGCCACAGGUCAGAGCCCCUCCAUACUGAAGUUAUCUGUUCAUAUAUGUUACUGAUGUGUUUUUAUUGUUUUACUGUCCUGCAGCGAUCUCAGUUUGUACAAAUGCACAUAGUUCUUUAAGCUGCAGACGUCACAGGCUUUUAAAAGUAGUUUCUCCUCUCCUGCAGGUCAUCUGUUUGAUCUGACUCCUCUCAAAAAGGAAGGAGGUUACACGGUGUACGAUCAUAAGGACCACAGGAAAAUGUUUCGCAUGAAUAUCUGUGGAAACAUGACCAACGCUGGAUGUAGCCCUGGAACUGGUGUGUAUAUCAAUCCUUGUAUUUAGCCAAUCUUUUAAAGAAUAAACAACUCUCUGUCUUUGUCUGUGCUCAAAUAUUAAGAUCUCAUUUAUCGUCACAAAACCUCAAUCUGUGAUAAACUUUAGGAUUACAAAAUCAGCCUUAAAAUUUAAGAGUAGCUGGUUAUUGAGAUGUUUUUCUCUGAUUUUUGUCCUCAAGUUUCAUGUUAAGAUAUUCAUCAUGUUUCAUUAACAAAAACAAACAUAAGAUGUCCACAAUGACUGACCUGCAAAACUUCGGAGGCUCAAGGGUCACGAGUGUUCGUCAUAAAAAUUUCAACACGGGCACACAGGAAUCCUUUAGCAGGUGGAGUACCUCCUGUUUUCAGAUUGUAAUGCUUCAGUGGAAUAAGCCUUUAACUUUUCAAAGCUGCAGUCAAAAAGGAAUAAAUCCUUUCAUCGUUUUUUUGGUGAAAAUUCAUUUGAUAUAGAUACUGUUGUUUUUUAGAUUGUAUAUACUUUUAUCAGAUAAAUUGUUUCCAUUUUUUCUGUUUUUUCCUUUAAAAUGGGGAGGAGCAACUUUUUCAGUAUUUUACUGUCGGAUCUGAUCCAAAGCAUAAAACUGGAAAACACGACAAACAAACCCACUUGAAAGAAACAUUUAGGAUCAUUUUUGGUCUAACUUUAUAUGAGCCUUCCUCCCAAAAUGCAUCAUAAGCACAUUUAUAAAGCCUUUUAAAUACAUCUGCAAGGCUUUAUAACAACAGUUAUGAGUGGUAAUAAGCAUUUAUAACAGCUGAUAGCUGUAUUAAAGCAUUGACCACAAUGCCUUAUAAAGGUAUGUUUUAUAAUGUAUUAUACCUUUGUGCAAAAGUUAAAACAAUGUCUUUUGAAUUUUAGGUUUAAUAACACGGUAUAACUUAACCUGGUUAUGAAGAUUAAUUAAGAACUCGUCCUAUGUAUCUUUAAAAAAAGUUAAUUUCUUUGAUUCUCAAUUCAAGCAAUAUCUUACGAACACAAACAUGUCAAAGCAUGACUCAGAGCACAUCAUGUUUUCCAACAACACAUUUAUUAGAACUUAUUUGUUGCAUUUUUCUAUGGCUGUUUCAGACAAAAAUGCAAAAAUAAUUUUUUCAUAAUUACAUUUUUUUUUGCAUUGAGGUGUAAGGCAUUAUUUACCUUUAUUAGACAUUAUGCUCACUAAUAGCGCUUAAUUAAAAUUGCGAAAAUCUGUCUUAAAUGUUUGUUUACCAUUAGGAUUUUUUUUAAAGCCCCAAAAAUGCCUUUAAAAAGCUUUCAAAUGAGGUAAUGAUGCAUUUUAAGAGAUGAGGUCAUAAAACAUGUUAUCAGAUUCAAAGGUAAAGAAACCUUUGCAGCACCAGCAGACAGCUCAAUAAUGUCUCUAAGAAUAUAUACAGUACAUGGAGAGACAGGGAGGAAAAAGCUCACCUAGGAGAGUUUUGCAGAUUGCAUCUUUUGAAGUCAACGAGAUAAACAGCCAGCAAGGAACACGGUUUUCAAGAACUGAUUGACUUUUUCUUGUUACUGUUUACUUUGUCUGAGUUCAGAUGGUUUAUGUAACACCAUGAAUUUGUUUCUCCUCCUAAAGCGUAAUGAUAGACAGAUUAUAGCUUUGCUUCGCUAAUGAUUGACAGGGUUUUCCUCAAGGCUUUAAUGGACCAACAGAAAACUGAAAAUCACUGAGAGUGUGUUUUCAAAUCUUAAUCCAGUUUAUAAAAUUGUUAAGACCAAAACUAGACUAAUAUAUUUUUGUCAACUACAACAGUACUAAGACAAAAAAUGACAGAAAUGCUACCAGAAAUCAUAAGUCUUACUUCAUAAGUCUAAGAUAGAGACACUAAAAUAGCUUCUAACUGACGCUGAUUUCAACAUAGAAACUAUAUCACACACUCAUGUAUCGUUUCAUUAUUUUUAUCACAAGAUGACAGUGAAAAUCAACAAGUUCAAUCAUCCACAUUUUAAUACAAUCUGAAUGCAUUGUGUGUUCCAGCUGUGUGUAUCAAAGAUGCCUCUACAGCAGUGAGCGGUGGCCAGGCGAGCAGGAAACUCUUGUACAAGGAUCACGUUCUGGAGCUGACGUACGAGGGAGGAGAUCCAUGUCCUGCAGAUCCCACCCUCCACCACAAGACCAUCAUCCAUUUCAUCUGCAGGUACCUGAACCUUAACCUGUCCCGUAUCAGUUCCUUCCACCUUGUUCUUUUUACUGCUAUUAUCUUCUUAUACUUCUUAUACUGAAUUUUUGUCUGAAAAGGCAUGAUUGUUUUUACAAUAUCUAAGAAGCUUGUAGGUAAGCAGUGAUGUCAGUUUCGUGUAAAGUUAAACUGAUAUUCAAACAUCACAGUGAGAUUCUUAGUGGCUUCAUUUCCACAGUAAAAAACAUGGAACAAAUAUUUGUUGUCAUUAAUUAUUCAUACAUUCAUUUAGCAGAUUACAUUCAUUUCAAUGUGCCUCAAAGAACAUGAAGUAGAUCACGACAAAGCCGGACAGCCUUUCUUUGCUUUCAGCCCUUUUCAAAUAUGUACCCUGGAGAAAUUCAAGACGAUUUCAGGACAGCCUGUCCCAGACAUUUUCCAGGGUUUCCCUUCUCACUAUGAUUAUUUCUUGAUUAUUAUCCCCCCCGGUACCGUUCCUGUGUCUGCUCACCAACUUCUUGCAGAAAUGUUACCCGGGGGACUGAUUGAAAGAAACCUGACAAAGUUGGUUGUUAGCUUUCCAAGAAAUGUCCUGAAAUUUCCAUGAAUGUCUUGUAUGUGUAAAAAAGCUUUUGAGGUUUAUUUUAGUUUUUCGAAGGCUUGUGGGUGAUUUUUAAGUUGAAUAGUUUGAAGAGACAUCAUUUAGAACUUUUGAAAUGUACUUCUGACAUGAACACUGAAAAAUGUUCUGAAUCGUACUUUCUGUUUGUGCAGACCACCAAACAUGGACUCAUCCCCUCCAGAGCCCGUUCUCAUUGACUCCAAAGCUGAAACCUGUACACACUACUUUUCUUUCCACACCCCUCUCGUCUGUGAGCAGACUGUGAGUAUUUAUUUCAUUUCUUUUCUGAAGUGACAGUUGGCUGAAUGAAAAAAUGAACAGCUACAAAAUAAAAACUGGCCCAAAGAUUCCCUUAAAUAUCUUGGUAUUAAAGUCCCCUCAUUAUUAACAAAUCUAUAUGGUGAAAACUAUUACAAACUAGAACAUCAGUAGAGACCUGGACUAGUUGUCUGCUGCCUCUUUGUCUUUGUUUAAGUGCAGUCAAGUGUAAAUCUACUCUUUAAGUUUCUUUACCCAUUUAUGUCAUCACCUGUCGAUAUUCCCAAGCCUAGGUUUGAUAAAUUAAACAGGAUUAUUUCAAAAUGUAUGUAACAAGAAGACCAAAGAUUGGACCGAAAAACACUCUAUUUCAAAAAACCCGAACAACAUGGAUUCAGGAUCUUCUGGAUACAGGCCAACCCACCCUUAGUUUAAAUUUUUACAGAGGCUCUUUCGAUUUGCUGAAACCAGCUUUAACCUUACCAUCAUCUUUUUAAGUUCAUGUUUCGGCCACCAAAAACUUGGUCGCCACUUGGUAUUUAAAUGAUGGGUGUGUUUUGUCAGGAAAUGUCCCUCCAAUAUUUCUCUUAUUUUCUGUCGAUCCAUCUUUUCAGGUAAAGUGUUCAGUCCAGAACGGCUCUGCUCUCAUAGAUCUGACUCCUCUGAUUCAUGCCAAUGGAUACUACACAGCAACAGGUCAGUCCAACUUAUUAAAGCUUAUGACUACAUAAGUAUAGAAAAAUUUUGAUUGCAUCAACUUCGGCACAGAGCUAAAAGAGAGUCUAAAUCAACUGUUUAAAUCUGAUCCUUUAGAUGAUGCAGUGGACCAGAGUGAUGGAUCUCCAGACUUUUACAUCAACAUCUGUCAGCCUCUGAACCCCAUCCCAGGGGUCACCUGUCCACCUGGAGCUGCAGUCUGUAUGGAUCCUGAUAAUGGACCUCCUGUGGUAAGACAGCAGCUACUUUUCUGCGCAUUUAAACAUAUCAAUUAUCAGAUUAUUAGGUUACUUUAUUUGAGGUUGAGGAUGGGUCCUUCAUUCUGUAUGUUUAACAUCGAUGUUUCUGCCUUUCAAAGGACAUCGGGCGGACCACGAACGGCCCUGAGCUCAACAGUGAAACAGGAGAAGUGUCCAUCACUUAUCACAGCUCCACCAAGUGUUUGUCUGACCCCUCUCAGAACUACACCUCCACCAUCAUCUUCACCUGCCAGAGAGGCCCGGAGCUGGUCAGUCCAGACUUUAGUUUCCGUGAUGAUACGUCGUCGCGCUUUACAUGUGAAUGCAUGUUUAGACCGGUCUCUCUCUCAGCUGUCUUAUCAGUGAGCUUUUCUUCCAUCACUCAGGGCUCUCCACAGAUGCUCAGGCUGCAGGGGUGUGCCUAUUUGUUUGAGUGGGCCACUUAUAUAAUCUGUUCGGACGCAACGCACACCAGCGGCUGUCAGCUCACAGACACACGGCUGCAGUUCACCUUUGACCUGUCGGCUCUCUCGGGUGAAGUCCAGGUGAGCUCUGUCUGCCCACAAAACAAUAUUUAUAUAUUGACCUAUUUUAUUCUUGAUUGUGAAUCGUUUGUUUUGAUAUCAAUAAAAGUGUCAGAAUCAGCUCAAGUGCAAUUACCGGUGUUGUUGGGAAUGAUUUUCUGCCCUGACAUAGAAGAGUGCAAAAUGAUUCAGGGUCAGUACAAUCAGUGAUUUUCCAUCAAUCCUUUUUUUUUUUCACUGCACUGUCAUCCUGGUGCUCCUCACAUACUGAGACUACUACUGGGCUUGGUUUCCAGAUUUAAUCCAAAUAAGGAUGAUCCUGAUUUGGACAUCCACUCUUUGCUUUCUGAGAUUUUUUUGUCCCAGUCUUUUAAGGUAAAACCCGACUUAACCAUCUAGAUCCAUUUUCAAACUUUAGGAGAUUACCAAAGGCUUGCUGUUGGCCUUGUGCUCUAAACACACCUCAUAUCACCUUCAACCUGCAGCCCUUUUCCUGUGCGUCUCCCCGUAUCUCCUUCUCUCCACUGUCAUGUUUGAAAAUAUCAUGUUUCUGAUGAUACAUUUUUCUCUGGAUCAACCCAAUUUCAAAACUCAAGCCUUGACCAGAUCAGAUGGGUUCUAGACCCCUGAUCCCAGUACGAAAAACAUUAACUGGAAGUAAAAAGUGGCAUCUAGACGUCUCUAGUGUUGAAUUAGUUUGUCGGAUUUCCUGUCCCACUGUGGUUCUGGUAGAAAAACUUGCCUGAGUGGAGUCUCUGUAUUUCAGGUACCAGUGGGCUCCAGCACGUACCACAUCAACGUCUGCAGCUCUGUGGCAGAACCUGCCUGUAAGAAGGGCGCAGUGUGCAGAGUGUCUGGUUCGGGUCCAGGCAAGUUAGCUUAUUCAUUCGGCAUCAGCAAAGCCAUGACGAUGGACUUCAGACAUGAGGAGCAGGCGGUACUGAUGCAGUACGGAGGAGGAGAUCCCUGCCCACCAGGUAAGCAGAGAGCCAGUGAGUAAAAAGUGAAGUGUGACACUCGUGUAAACACUCUGGGUUGGAGUCCUGACAGGUGAACUGUUGUUUGUUUGGGUGUUUUAGUGACGGACAACGGCGAUGCGUGUGUGUUUCCCUUCGUUGUCAUGAAGAAGUCGUACACAGAGUGCACCAAAGACCAAAGAACCGAUGGCAGGAAGUGGUGUGCCACUACAUCCAACUAUGACACUGAUCAGAAGUGGGGGUACUGCCAUGAAGGUGACAGAAAAGAUAAAUACUGAGAUCACAGCUGUUGUUUAAAGUAAACAAAACUCUUCAGAAGUAUAUUGUAUAUCAUCACAUGAGCAGUUGUAUCUCCUUACUCUCUUUCUUGCAGCCACUGGUAAGCGACAGUCCUCCAUAUUGUUCACCUGUGACCAGUUUGCAGGCAACGGCUCCCCUCAGCUGCUCUCUGAGACGGCAGGUUGUUCUGCCACAUUUCAGUGGAGGACCAGCGCCGUUUGUCCCCCGAGGAAGAUGGAGUGUAAGCUCGUCAGCCAGCAUCAGACCUUUGACCUCCGAACUCUGUCUUCCCUCACUGAGCCGUGGAAGUUCAGCCACAAAGGAGACGAGUAAGUAACGAAUUUCAUGUCAUUGUUUCGGCUUUCUAUCACCCACAAUCCAAGUGGUUUGGGAGUGCACAAUGGUACAUUUAGCUGGUAUUUGUCUGACAGUACUUCAGAUAAUGAGUCCCUCCCUUCAUCUCCUCAGGUAUUAUAUAAACUUGUGUCAGGGUAUCCACGGGGGGUUACCAGGUUGUCCAGAAGGAGCAACAGUGUGCCGACGAACAGCAGCGAGACGGACUCAGACCCUGGGCCGGGUUCAUACACAGAGAAUGAGCUACGCAGGUGAGAGAUGAAGCGGUACACAUUUCGUUUUGCUCGAGCUGCUGGAAAACUUCGCAUAACUGUGACUACAAAUUGACUCAGAAUGAAACAUAACAGUGCAGCCUCUCAAAGUUUGAUUUGUUUGAACCCCACAGAGGGGGUCAUGUGAGCUCUUUUUUUCUGCUUCAUUUGACUCUCACAGCUGUGUUUAGACUGUAUGUAGAGGAAAAGUUCAUGAUCACGGUCUCAAACUGCUUCUGCAGAUGGAAAAAUCUCUGUGAGCUAUUCAGCGGGAGACGAGGUCUGCGGUCACGGAGUGAAGGCCAAGACUGUGAUUGAGCUGAGCUGUGGCUCCACGGUCGGACACCCAGCACUUCUCAGGUACAGAACAGUUUCCCCCCCCUGACAGGUUUAUCAUUUCAAUCCAACAAGAAAAAGAACAUUAAACAUCCCGAUGUGACGCCACACCAGAGUAAAAAACUCUCACUUACAAUAACACUCAUUUACUCUUUGGUUUGUCAUUUCCAAGCUCCAGUUAAUCCCAGAACUGAGUGUUUGUAUUUUAGUUAAACUUUCUCUCUUUUAACAUCAUUUAGGUGCGGUGCAUUGCAAAAGACCAGCUUGGUGUUUUUUUUUAUUUCCUGCCAUACAAUAGUUGGACUUUUUGGAUAAAUAUGUAACAUUAAAAACCCUAAAAGGUUUUCAGUUGUUUGAUUACAGCCAUUUUGUAUUGAUCCGUAUCCCUCAAUAAAAGGACACAACCUUAAUAUCAGGUGCCGGUUAAACAGCUGUGGUUCACUGAGAUUUGAAACUUCAAACUAGAAAGAGCUAAAUGCUAAAACACUUACACAAAACAAAGGUAAUGAUAUAUACACAACACAUCUUAAAUGAAGGACUUUUCAUUUAAACCAGCCACGUAUCACUACUUUCUUUAAAAGCAUGAUUGUGACCGAAUAAGAGAGAAAGGUUAGAGGUGCUGAGGCCUCCCUGAUCUGCAGCUGUGCACAGCAAGGCUGCAGCUUGUGUCCUCAAGUGCCGUCUUCUGGAUAACAACGGACAAAAACCUGUCUGUGCAUUUUAUAUUUGUGUUUUUGUUGCUGCUGUGAAGGAUGCAGCCAUCUUUUCAGGUGACACCAGAUCUUUCAGUGUUUACAUUAUCCUUCAUUAAAACCUCAGCUACAGAUCUUAUAGUUUUGUUUUUUUCUCUUCAUUUUGGAUUCACACGGCAGGUUUUGAAAUGUUCAGUCUGUUUAACUGUUAAAAAGUAUAUAAACCUGAUAUGCUUCUGUGUUUGUGUGAACAGGGUUGAUGAGGCUACAUGUGAGUUUGUGAUUAGCUGGGAGACUCGGUUGGCGUGUGCAGUAAAGCAGCAGGAGGUGGAGAUAAAGAACGGGACUAUACAGGUUCCUGACACAGGAGCCAACCUCAGUCUGGGUCCUCUUUAUUUCAGGUAACCCCAAUGUACACACUACACCUGUGUCUUUAUCCUCCUCUCAGUGUACAAAAAUGUGCAUUUUGGUGCGUCUUUAACAAUGAAAGAGAAUUAAUCGACCACACUGAAUUGUUUCCUCUCUUCUGACCCUCCUCUCAGCCAUCAUCAGGCAUCUGGAGACCUCCGACCCAACGGUGACAGCUACAUCUACCACAUCCAGCUCUCCGGUAUUACCAACAACUCUCUGCCCAGCUGUUUGGGUGCAAACAUCUGCCAGGUCAAACUCAAUGGGCUGUACAGGCGCAGGAUCGGCUCCUCCAGCAAAGCCAAGUACUACAUCAAAGGUAGUUUCCCCCCAUAUUUUAAAACUUAAAAACUAAAAAAUGAAGCUACCACAAUCUAACAGAAGGCUUAAUAAAGCCUGAAAACGAGUUCCACGUCAUUAGAACUGGUUUGCUCUGUUUUACACACCCAGCAUUAAUCCUGUGGCGUGAAUCCUUCUUCUUUUCCACCAGGGGGAAACCUGGAUGUGAUUGUGCCCUCUGAGUCUCGGUGUGGACGUGAGAAAACAAAGAUGGUUUCAUCCCUUAUCAUGUUCCACUGCAACCCCUCAGCCGGCAUCGGCAUCCCCGAGUUUUUGCGGGAGACGGACGGAUGCCAGUAUCUGUUUCUGUGGCACACCAAUGCCGUGUGUGGGCUCAUGUGAGGAAACAUUGUCACCGUUCACCUUAACCCUCCUGUCGUGUUCAGGUCAAUUCUGACCGAUUUACAACUUAAAACACUCAUAAAUAUUGUGUGUUACAUCUAAAUGCCGUAAGACCUUAUGAUAUCCUAUAUAUAAAAGUUAUAAUCGCCACUUUCAAUAAACUUUAAGUGUUUUUGGCAACUUUGGUACAUCUGUGGUGUUCCCGUCAAAAGUGACCGCCAUAGGAAAUGAAUGGGUAUCCCGACUAUAUUCACCCAUCAGAUAAGAAAUUAUCCCCAUACACACACACACACACACACACACACACAUUUCAGACUGAACUAUAUUUUUGUGGGGUACAUAUCUCUUUCCCACGCUUAUGUUCUGACCCUCCCAUGUGAACCACCUCCCAAAUAAACCAAUGUAUCAUAUCUUCACUAGACUAGACAGAUGUCUGUUAUGAGAACCCCAUUCGUUCCCAUUCUUUUGUGCCUAGCACCCACCCACACACACACACACACACACACUCACACACACAUGAACCACCAUUCAGUUGAAUAAUGUAUCAUAUCUUUACACAGACCCCCAGUAUACAGCUUGAUAUUCCUCUGUACUCCUUCGUAUUCUAAAACCUGUCAGACAGACUCUAGACCUGAUUUUUGAAGAAGAUUAAGCGGGCACUGAGGUUGAAGCAGAGAUAGAGGAGAGUGUCUCAGAAGUGGAAGACAACCACUUUUGAUCCAGACUUUGAGGGGACUGACCAGUCAACAGAUUGAGAGGAAGAAGCACCUAAAGAACAGGCAGCGGAGGAGACACUCCAGUCCAAGAACGGAGCCCAAGAGUAAAACAGGACGGAGGGAGUAGAGCAAGAGUGGAAAACAUUAUAAAGAUGACGUCAGGGCCAACAUGGUAUGCGGCAUCUCGUGUGAAUGACAUCAAGUCCAGCUUACAACUCUUUUUACCAGAAUCCAUCGAGGGAAUUAUACUGGAGAUGGACCUGGUAGACCGCCAAGCCUACAUAUGUCUGUUAAUUCCAGCAGGAGUAUAUCACUCAAACAAUGAGGCUAUAAAAAGUCUGUGGAAUGCAGAGUCUGGCAGGCCUAUAUUCCGCCCACGCAUGCGCAUGGAUUCACAUGCACACACUCACACACUCAUAACUUUAUGUAAAAGGGUUUGGUUUCUGGUUUUCAUUUUGACCGGGAACACUAAAGUAAGGGAAGGAGGAACACAACCGGAGGGUUAAAGGACUCGUGUUUUCAUCCAGAUGUGGAGAGGGGGUUUAAGGACUGGCAGAGAUAUCUAAGUCGUGUUUUUUUGUCACCUUACAGAACCGUUGAUCCUCACUCAUACGAUGAGAGCAGCGGUGAAGUUCCAGCUCUUUCCAGGCGGACUCAGGCUGUGGGGAUUAUAUCCACUCUCCUGUUGCUGGGGCUUGCAGUCUGUCUGCUCGGGCUUCUGCUGCACAAGAGAGAAAGAAGGUGAAAUCUUUGAACAAGCACAGAUGAAGUCAAAGAUGUUUGCAGAAGCUUUGCAGGAUUCUCAUGAGCUCUCGUCUGUCUUCUUUUCUCAUCUUCCUAACAGAGAGCUGGUGAUCCAGAAGGUAGCAGGCUGCUGCAGGAGAGGAAACCAGGUCUCCUAUAAAUAUUCCAAAGUAAGUUGAUCCACUAAACUAAGAGAUUCAGACACUUUGAUUUAACUGUAAGUCAUAGUUGAAUUAAGCUGUUAUCGCCACUUAUCAGAACAGACAAUGUCUCGAAACUUAGAGUUCAUACGAGGUUACUCUGCAACUCCACAGUUCACGUUUGCAGUCAGAGCGACACAUGUAGUGUAGUUCCUGCACAUAUUACCAUAAUAUCUCACGUGUUACUGCAAAACACAUGGACUUACAUCAUAGAGACGGCUCACUAACCUGCACAUGCACCUAGACUUUUACAGAACAGAUAAACUGUCAAUGAUUGUUUUUGAAAGUCUAGCAAAUGUAAUAAUUUCUCAUUUCUGUGUCCGUCAAGAAACAUCUCUUCCAUCUGAAGCGAAUGAAUGUGUUUAGAGAUUGGUGACCCUCAGCACAUUAGUGUUUUUGUUAUAGGGUGAUUCCUUAGACUGUAAUGCUUUUAUUUUCAAAUAUAGGACUUUUUUUUGCAGUUGUGUAAUUAGAGGUUUUUUUUGCAAAUGUAGCCUGAAUAUAAGAUCUGCAAUCGUUUCCACUAGGUCAACAUGGAUGAAGAAGGGGGCGAUGAGGAGAUGGAGUGGCUAAUGGAGGAGCUAGAAGCCCCUCCGUCAUCCUCUUCCUCAUCCUCCCACAGGGGAAAGAGUAACCACGGUAACGGUCACAUCAAAACCAAGACGGUGAACACAGACGGGCUGCGCUCGUUCUCUCUGGAUGAGCAGGAAGACGACAGUGAGGACGAGGUGCUGAGUGUUCCAGGGGUGCGAGUGGUGAAAUCGUCUGGACUCUUGAAGCCCUCCACCGUCCAUCGCAGCGCCUUCCUCCAGGUGAGCAUCUCCUCAACAUGAACCUAUGAAGACACUUUGAUAUAUGUACCGAAAAAACCUCUCAAGGGCUUCUCGUUCAGCAAUGUGUAUCUGGAAUGCAGCUGUGUAGCUCUUUCCGGUAUCAAGAGGAGUUGGUAGUCUGCUCGUUGCAGGUUCAGUAGUUGAAAACUUUACAGAGAUCUUUUAACUUUCAGGAGGAGAGCGAUGAAGAUCUGGUCGGCCUCCUGGAAGAGUCCGACAGGAAGCGAAAGAGCAGCAAACCACGCCCCUCAGGCCUUAACCAGGGUAACAACACGGCAGCCAAUAGGAAACGGGACGAGGAUGACAGUGACGAGGACCUCCUCAGGGUGUGAUGUCACUUCCCUCCUCCUCCCUCCUCCUCCUCUUCAUCCAUCCAGUCUGAACUCUUCUCUCUCAGUGAAUGUCUCCGUAAAAGCAGCAACGACGGCGAAAAAAAACCAACAACACAUUGAAACAUAUUAACGAAUGCAGAAACCUUUCCUCUCUUUUGGGGUUCUUUUUGGUUGGACUGCACCUUUACUCGACCUUCUCAGACUCUAUCCAGUCCACUGUCUACAGACUGUCGAUGCUAGCACAUGGGUUCUUAUUUAUUGAUAGCUGAUUAUUUAAAUUGUUUCUAUUUUUGCAUAUUUCUGUUCAAAACUAAAGGAAAUAUUUUGCUUCUGUAGAGUUCCUUAAAUCUUCUCUGGUUUUUCUAAUACACUCCUAACAGGCCUGCUGGGGCUUUACACAAUGAGGCAUGUCAGUGUGAAGAAGGAUAAUUCAUUGAAAUGAUAUCUUUAUUUUCUUCUAGGGGGUUUAAAAUGAAGUUGUGCCAUUGCUUUUGCACUUUAUGUAGCAUUAAUUAACUGAGAGUAACACUGUCCACAUGUCUCAUUGAAGAUAAUAAUAAGAGAAGCUACUGUUUUAGUUGAAUUUUUGUUUGUUUUUUAUAUGCGCGUUGGCCUGUUAGGACUGUAUUUUGUACCGUUUUUGAGGUUUAGAGAUGAAGUAGCUUAAAAGUGAAGCAUUUUGGAGCAAAAAUCAUCAGCUUUUGAAAGAACUAAAGGAAGACUGAUUUAGUCGGAGGCAGGGAAGAGGUUGUUUGACGCUCGUGUUGUUCCUAAAGGGAAUAAAGACAGCCAUUUGUCUUUUCUUGCUGUUUACAGUCGCUACAAGAGCAGAUAUUUCUCUGUUCCCCGUUCGAAGAGAGAGCGCAAUGCCUUCCUGACGAUGAAUUCACUUCUUCAUCAGAUUGAUUUGUUAUGUUUUGAUCAGAGAUGUUGUACAUAGGCGAUAAUGUUCUAUAAUAUGGACGUUUUGUUUGUUUAUUGUCUGUCCUCCUCACGGGUGUUUGUUUUUAUGAUUAUUUAAAUGGUUGUCCGAGCUGAUCAUGCGUUGAAUCUCUGUUCUGUGUGAAAGAGAGGUGGCCUUAAGUGUGAACGGACGGACGAGGACGGAGGCUGAAAGUCGAGAUGUUAGUUUAGGUUGUUUGUUUUGAAGCUCCCCCUCCCAAUGAAGCCAUAUCUCUAGAGUCCUUAAUGUAGGGCCUUUUCUCCUCCUGCUUGCACCUGUCAUGAUUUCUAAAAUCUUGGUUUUUGUUUCCAGAUCUGCACCAAAAGUCAGACAUAAACUCCCGGUGAAGCCAUGUUUAUGUGCCGAAAUCAGCCCAUUUUUGCCAAACGCAUGUUGUGUAUCAACAAACCAAGAAUGCUCACCAUUGAUUUAUAUUUCACCAACUUUCUGCUUCAUCAUGAUGGUUUUACUCAAGGAUAAUGACAGGGGAUAUUUAAAAAUGUUUACACUCUUUAAUGAAUCAAACUAAAUCCAGUGUUUUCACAUUCUGACUCCGCUCACACAGUAGAAACAGAGUAUUUGUGCGCCGUCCUACCUGCAGGUACAUUAUUUUCUCCCAGCCAAAGAAGUCGGAAUAAAGAUGAACUUUUUUUACAACUUACACAACAACAACUAAAGUAUUUGUAAACUCAGAAGUAGCCGAAACUUUUCACUGUUAACUUUAGUUUUUCUUAUGUUACUCCUCGUAAAGAGUCGAAACAAACUUAAAGUGCAGUUGCUGUAACUUAAAUUUUUACGUUAAGCCAGUGUGAGUAAUUAUGUGAGUGUGUUAGACUCAAAACAAAUCAAGUUUCCACAGAUCAGUUCAGCCCACUUAGAACGAAUGUACGACCAGAGGAGAGCACCUUCAAACUUUUCAUUUGAUCAUGACUUUGUUUUCAGCACGAGAGGGAACCGACAGUAAAAUCCCUCCUGGAUUUUUUUUUUUUUUUUUUCCAGUGUUAAAUUCACAGAAACUCAAAGUGUUAAUGAUAAAUGAUGAUGUCUUUGUUAAGAUCUCCAACCAACCAAUCAGGAUAUUUGUAAGUCUUUGUACACAAAAUGUAUUAAACAAUAUUUUGUAAGUCCAACUUCUAAACAAAGAGAAAACAGAAGGAUUGAAAUAUCCUCAUCAGGUACUUCAACUGGAGACGUCAGUGUUCAAACAGGAUUUACUUAGAGUUUCUAGUUGUUAGACUCCAGCACCAUUGUAGAGUUAAACUUUCCUCUGGCUCAUUAAUCCAACAUUAGGAAUAUCUUUUCCUCUAUUUACCAACAGUUAAUCUCCAGCAUUAACUGUAUGAAGGAUGGAUGACACACCUCCUAAAAGUGAAACCAAAACAUCCCUAACUGACAUCUUUCUCUGGUGGGACCACAGCAGUGACAUCUUGCACCCUACGCUAACAAAGACAAAGAGAUUUGUUUUUACUAAUAAACUUUAUAUGAAAAUUUAAGUUAAUUUUGAAGCUUCAGUGAGGUGCUGUUCCUCCUUUACUCUGCUGAUCUGGAGCACAGAGGAGCUGUAUUUGUCCCCAGAGCUGUCAUCAUCUUGGACAUAAAUCUGCAUGAUAAAAGCGAACUUUAAUAACAGAAAUAUGUCUGUUUUAACUUUGAUCCAUGUCCCAACUGUCAACAUGGAGGAGGCAGUUUUUAUGACCUAGUCAGUAGGGGGAGUUCUGCAUGUUUUGGCCUCACUUUUAGGGAGCUACUGUUACAUGCAUUUUUCCAUAUCGUUCUCAAGCGUCUGAGCUUAUUGCGUUUAAUCCCUGAUAUAUAAACCUCUGCCUGUGUUUUUAAGACGUAGCAGCUCCACUUCUCACAGUAAAGCAGACGGUGCUAUGAAGUACGAGGAGCCCUUUUCCAUCUCACCGCCAAAGUUUUUGUGACAAAUCUGCAUGGUACGGUCCUGCCCUCCUCCUUUGUGCUUCUCCGUCUACCCUCGAGCAGGAAGCUGCUGUGACACUAAAUUAACGUCUGAGAUCGGGGUUAAAAGUUAAAUUAAGAAGUGGACAAACAAACUUGGAAAGCACAAGAAACUUUUCUGUGACAAUUCGGUACAAUGGGAGUUCAUUAUUAUGUUUGAGUUGGUGUAAGUUAUGUUGUCUGGUAUGUUUAUCAGCUCUUUGCCUGUUUUCCUAUUUAAAAGAGACAUUGAUGUAAAAAAUAUUGCAUUAUUUGAAUAAAUAAGAUCUGCUGUUUCUCAC